AUAUCGUGUUGCUUUAGUUCCGCCAUAGAAGAAGUCUACUUUUACGAAUCAACGAAUUUGCAGACAAAAUGACUGGUUCAGUUGAAGAUAGUACACAUUUGAAUGAUAAUAUAAACGUGGAAUUUGCGACUCCUGAAAAGCAAGAAGCACGUGCAUUUUUGCGCGAACGAUUUCUUCGUGUAAUUACUGGAAUUGUUGGUAAACAAGCAGAAUUUUAUCUGUAUGAAAAUACACAGGUUUCUGCUCAAUUUAGAGGUUGUGAUGUGGAUUGUUUAGAAGUGUUUGUACGGAACUUGGAAACACCAUUAGGCACAAUUCCAGAAGCUGUUUUAAGAGCAAGUGACAUUAUUUAUCUAAAUAUCCAUGAUAUUAAUAAAGAAUAGUAAAGCUUCAAAAUACAAACGAAACCCUCACAUGACUUAGUAUAUGUAGCAAUAACACGUUCGGCAAUGUUGGUAAUUAUGAAGCGUGAAACAUGAAUUUUUUUAAUAUAGUUUUGACAUAUCCAGUUUGAGAAAGAAGCACUUCUAAACAUUUCUUUUUUGAUUGAUUCUAGGAAUAUCUUUCUUGUUAGCAUAUAUUAGACUUAUGUCUUUCAUGUACUCAAGAGUAAUAACUUCCAUCGAUGCAAGUGUAUAGAUACUGUUUAUGUACCUAAUCAAUGUGUACAUGUAUGUAUAUACGUAAUUUGUGAUCAAAGGUUUACACGAAUGAAUUUUUGUUCAAUUUUGUUUUUCAAGUUAUUUGAGAUGAUCAUUGAAGUAUUAGUUUAUCGCUAUUAAUGUAUUAUGAUAGAAUAAAUGAAAAGAACAGACGA